AUGGCUGAAGAAGGCGCAUCAUCACGAUAUGAUUUAAGGGAAGAGGAGGAAACAGAAGAAAAUCAAGGACACGGAAGGCAAGAGCAAGAACAAGAAGAACAACAAUCAGCAAGGGAACUUACAUAUUGUAUGGAAAGGCCUCCGCCAGCCUCACCGAACCCAAAUGCGGAAAUCCCAUUAGGGCUAGCAAAAUUGGAAAAUCUACUUCUUGCGUUAAGGGAAGACAUACACGAGCUGGCAAGCUCUUGGGAAAGAAGAUGGCAGCAGCACCAAGAAGGAACUCGAAACUCGAGUUAUUACAAUAACAAAGCAGAGCCACGUAGUGUCGUCUGGAACACGAUUCAGUCAAUGGUGACAGUUCCUAGUCCAGUUGUUGGUUAUGGAGAAGAAGGCUUAGCUGUUUACUACGCAUUGCAAGACUACCCUGUGGUUAAUAUGACUGGUUUUGUAAUUGGAUCGGAAUGGCCAUGGGUAGAAGUGCUGGCACUUCGAAAUGGUGCUGCUAAGGUAGUCACUGUAGAAUACCAAGAAACAAAAAUUGUUGGAACAAAAAAAAUUGAGUAUAUUCAUCCUAUCGAAUUCGCAAAACAAUGGAGCGAAAAAAAUGCAAGUUAUGAUUUCUCAAUUUCUUUCUCUUCCAUCGAGCACAGUGGCUUAGGAAGGUACGGUGAUCCGAUUGAUCCAUUUGGUGAUUUGAAGGAGGUACAGAAGGUGUUGUGCUUACUCAAGCGAGGAGGUAGCAGACUAUUAUGUUAA